AUGCCCAACUCGAUCAUACGCCGACGAAGCACUCGCACGCCUAGCAUCGACUUUGUCGUGAGCUCUCCCAUCUCCUCCUCCAACCGCAGCUCCAUCAACAGCUCCGCCGCCAUGUCCUCUCCCGAAGCAUCGCGCAAUCGCGGAGAGCAGAUCCUUUCUGCAAAGAAGAAGCUCAAGAGCUAUCGCGCAAAACAAGCCCUCAUGGCUCAGAAGCAGAAGCGCAACUCGGCUACCUUCUCGCACUCGCGAUUCGCUUCCGGCCUUCGCUCCAUCGACGAACCUGUCGCCUCGUCGGCCGUCGCAGUCGCGCUCUCCAACCAGCUCGUCUCGCAAGCUUCCUCCUCGGCAGCAGCCAUCCCCACCUCAUCUCACACACGCACACCAUCGCGAUCCGGACACGCUCGCGGACACUCGCGGGCCGGAAGUAUCUCCAUCACUCCCAAUGCAUUGUUCUCGCAGGCACAAGCGAUCGCCCUCAGCCCUGCUCCUGCCUCCGCGCCGGCACUGGCUCGUCCGAUUUCCAUCGUUGCUCCCCACGCUGGCCACGUCCGAAGCCACUCCCGAACCCACUCGAGGAACUAUUCCCACUCGCGUCCCGUCAGCAUCGCCAUGCUCGGCGCCAAGAAAGACGAGCCCAUUGUUCUUGCCAUCGAGCACCGUGCCGAGCCUGACUUUGUCGAAACCCAAGAUACCCAGCGUCAAUCGCAGCAAUUCCUCGACUCGUCUUCGCUUUUCGGAGGCUCGGCCUCUUCGUCGUCGUCCAACCUUCGUCCGAGUUCCAGCACACCCGCAAAACGCUUGAGCUAUGUCUCGCCCGUCUCUCCAGCGCUCUUCGACCGACCUGCCUCGAACGCUAUAGCGACCGGAGCCUCGCCUUCGCCUGCCGCGCCAGCAGCGCGUCACUCUAGGCGUCUCAGCCGACACGCUCGCACUCCAAGCGUCGCCACCAAACGCGAGAGCAUGGAGAUCAUGGGCGGUGUUGGCGCCGGUCUCGGUCUCGAUAUCACCAACACGAUCUCGCCUCUGCAAUCCCUCGAGUCGUCCAGGCGUCGCAGCUCGCGCAUGUCCAACCUCCCUUCAGCCAGCCUGCUCUUUGGCUCGUCUGAACCUGCUCCUACUCUUACUGCCUCCAACAGCAGCAGCAGCAGCAACGCUGUCAGGAACAGCGUGCGUGCCAGUGGUCAACAGUGGGACUGGAGGAAAGCCAUCGCGGACGCCGUCAACGAAGCCGAGGAAGCGGGUGACGACCGUCUCACUGCUCUCGAGAAGCUCGAGGGUCGCGCAUCGACUGCGCGCAACACACAGUCCACAGACCGUCCGGCCUCUGUCAAUGCCGCGGCAUCGCGUGCCUCGCGCCGUCUCUCUGGCCACAUCAGGACCGAAAGCAUUCAGAUCCCCAACCUCGACGAAAUCCAUCAAAGCGAGCUCAACGAGCGAAGGGCUAGCUGGAAUUCCCAAGCAUUCGACGGCAGUGCCAACGCGCCUGCCUCUGCUUUCGGGUCGCCUUCUGUCCACGCAACAGUCUCGGAUCGUCGAGAAAGCUGGGGUCGCAGCCUUGUUCCUCCAUCGCCUUCUUCGAUGCUUUCUGCUGGCUUUUCGUCUCCGGCCAUGCCAAACGCAUACCUUUCCAGCCCAGGCCGACCCGAGUCGAUGAUGCUGCCCGCAGAACCACCACAACCAGAAGGACUUGGAACACUGAUGGAGGAAGAGGAGGAAGAGGAUGCCACCUCACCGACCCGCGAGCGCACCAGUCUCGAUAUGCCCGCCGACGGUCGCACCGAAGCCGAGGAGGAGCUCCGCAAGCAGCGACGUGAAGAGGAGGACCAGACCGUCAAGCGCAACCGACGCGCGAGCCUGGCGCCCAAGCCUUUGAAGCUCAAGUCUCGCCCGCCCAGCCUCUACCUCGCGCCUUCGCACCGCGUUGGGCUGGUCAGCAGCCCUUCCAUGCCGACCUUGCCCACUUCGCCACAUGUCGCUUCAUCGCUUGCAGACGAGGCUACACCAAGGGCGUCCAUCGCAGCCCUUCCUGAGACGGCAGAUGAUGACGAGAGUCAAAUCUUGGAGAUGCCCGAAGACGCGGACGUGUCGAUCGAGUUGCCCAGUCGCAGCACCACCUGCCCUGACUUUACCUCUCUCGCGGCUGGGUCCGCCGAUGCCGCGGAGUCCGUCGUCGGAUCUGGCGAGAUCGAGGGAGCAGACUCUGGACCCUCUGUCGCAGACAUGGCGAGUCAGGAGCAGCGCCAGCUUGAGGAGCUUCAGCAGCAGAUUCUUCGCGCCCACCGCAACUCGGUCAUCGCGCCUGCCGCUGCCACAGCCGAUUCUGCUUCAGUGUCUUCCAGCGGCAGCAUCUCACGACAAGGCAUGCGCACCCUCCGCUUGGGCAGCCAAGCCAACCUCUCUUCCAUCAUGGAAGCUCCUUCCGCCAGCAGCCCCGUCAUCGGCAAUCCUGCAUCCGCCACAGCCGCCACCGCCACGACGUCAGCACAGCGCCGUCGCAGCCUCAUGAUGGGCUCUCUCUCGACCGUGGCCAACUCUGGUUCGUCCUCCCGCGACAGUGACUUUGUUGCCGCCUUCAGCAACUCGACCGCUUCUUCGAGCCGCGCCGCUCGCCGGUCCUCCAUCAUGUACAAGCCAUCGACCGCGUCCGUGGCCGAGACAGCCUCCCCGCACUCGGCGUCCGACUCGAUCGCCAGCUUCGGUGGGGUGCCGCUCGCCGUCCACGACGAGCUCAAAGUCAGGGCCACCCGUGACGCAGCGCUCUUGGAGUCGACCAAGAAGCAAGUCGAGGUGCUCGAGCGCGAGCUGGCCAACGAGAGCGAGCGAAGUGCCCGGGAGAAGGCCGAGCUGGAGCAGUGGAACAUGGACAAGGAGGAGCACCUCUUCGACCGUGCUCAGCGCGCAGAGACCGCCGCUCGUCAAGCCCAAGACGCCUUCACCGCAGCGCAGGCUGAGCUCGAGCAGACCAAGGAGCACAUGGAAGACCUACAGGCUGAGCGCGAGGUGCUGCAAGACGAUAUCGAGGGCUGGCGCUCGCGCUGCCAGGACCUCGAGAAGACCUUGAAAAGCGAAAAGGUCAAGUCGGACGACAACCGCAAGCUUCGUGCGGCCGCACGUUUGCGCAUCAAGCAGCUCACGGAUGCGCUGGAGAAGAGCGGUGCCGGCGUGCCUGCGGAUGAAUUGGGCGUUCUCGCUGCGCUCGAGAUGCCUCAGCUGGAUGUGGCUGCGGCGCUCAAGAGCCCCAACCUGGGAGCUGCUAGCCCGGUGGUGACCCCUGCGCUCUCGCCUAGCCUGGCAGGCGAGGUGGCUCCCCCUCAGAUUACGAAGCUGCUCGCCGACAUGCGCCAGCAGAUCUUCAACCUGGCUGGCAGCCUCGAGCACGAGCGCAAGCAGCACUUGCACGCACAAGAGGAAGUGGCUCGCUUGCAAGCCCAACAAUCAGCCGUUCCAGAGGCCGAGCUCACCAAGGACACCGCCUCACCCGCCGCCAUCGAGGAAACCAGCUUUGCCUCGGCCGACGACACCCCCGACCUGCCUGCCUCGGUCACCUCGAGCCCCGCCCGCCGCUCGAGCGUGCUCGGCAAGAACAAGCGCCACGUCUUUGCCUACGACUCGAGCAUGGGCAGCUUCAACCAGUCCCAAAGCAGCGCUUCGCUCUCGAUGACCACCAUGACCGACGACACGGUGCACACAGACGCCGACGAGUCGGAUGUGGAGGACUCGUUCUCGACCAAGCUGCCGUGGUCGUCUUCGACGGGCAGCACCAGCGAAUUGGUUGGACUGGGAAUGGGAUUGGGCCGGCUGGACGAGAUCGAGGAGGUAUCUGAAGUGUCGGAGAGCGUCGCGGAGAGCAGCGGGACACUGAGCGCCGUUCCUGACAGCGCCGAAGCGUGGAUCGACAUCGAAGCAGGCGAACCGAGGCAGAGUAUGGAGUCCGAGUCCGGCUUCAGUGCCAACUAUCAAGAUGCCGAAGGUGCGCCUCCUACCCCGGAUCUGUGCCGCUCCAUCGAGCCUGCAUCCACCUCUGCCCCUGCGGUAGGGGAUCGCAGCUCUUCGUCCACCAGCUCGGGGGACAGCCACGCAGCUCCGCCUACCCCCGACGCGCACCCGACGUCGCUCCCGCUCUCUCCUCGACCCGAGUUUCACCGCGAAUGGUCCUUCUCCUGGGCCAAAGUGCGCUCGUCCAAGCAGACACCCACGUGGGAACCCGUGGAGGACUUCUUUGGCAUCCUGUCUUCCGAGGACCCGCUGCCGGCGCUGUCCACUUCGGAGGAGGCGGUGGACCUGCCACCCAUCUCGCUGGCCAACGGGCAGCUGCCUGCCAGCGCAAAGAUUAAUCGUCACGGUCAACCGGUGUUGCCCACCAGCACCACGAGAGCGAGUGUUUUCGGCAAACGACCGCCCGUUGCGCGCUCGGCGUAUCUGCGGGAGAGCUUUGAUGCGACAUCACCGGGCAUUCUCGCCAGCCACCAUUCCAAGCCCAGCGCCUACAGGAUGCAUGAAGCCAAGAGUUCGGCCGCAUCGAGCAUCGCCUCGAUCGGCUCGCGCGCGUUGAGCCGGAUGAGUCUGCAGCACCUCACCGGCGCAUUUAGCGGGUUGAGCGGGUAUUUGACGCAGAACAACACCGCCGUUGCGGCGGCAAAGAUGUGCUCGACGUUGGAGGACGAAGAGGAAGGCAUGGCGGGCGGGUGGAGGUGGGGAAAGGAGGAGCUGCGGUUUGAUGUGCACAGUGCAUCUACCAAGACGAAGCAGGCGGGUUGGGCGGAGAAGGAGCUGGUCAAGGAAAGGAGGUAUGUGAGCAAGGAGAGAGUGGGUCCACCCAAGGGAAUGCCCGUGUGGAUGCUCGACUUCUCCACUACUGCAACCGGCCACAGCGGUCCCGUGUUCAGCUUGUAA